UCUUAUCAAUAGUUAGAGCAAUGUAAGGAGUGUGCAUGUAAGAUGUAUGGUGAAGCCGUAGAUUUUGGCUUUUAUUUCAUCUAACAUGUUAGUUAAAAUCUUCUUUUCUGCGAUAUUGCCCAUCUUCCAUGUGAGAAGCAGCCCAACAUACGUCAUCACGGCACCGGAUGUUUUCCGUGUGGAUAAUGACGUCACGGUUUGUGUGGAUUUGAGGGAUGUGGAUGAUGUACUUAUGCAGCUGUCUUUACAACAGUACCCCAAUAGAGAGAGCACGUAUCACAGUGUCGGCUUCAGUGGAUCCAGAGGUAUAAAUAACGUAACCCUAAGAAUCGACAGCACCAAGCUUGGUGGCCAUAGUGAUGACGUAGAGCACGCGUAUCUUGUGGCGACCUCUAGCGACCCUCGAAUGGUCCUUUCCAAAGAGUCAGUGGUGCUUAUAAGCAGAGAGUCUGGGUUCAUUUUCAUUCAGACGGACAAACCAAUUUACACACCUGACCAAGAAAUUAAGAUUCGAGUAAUUCCAAUGAAUGAGGAUCGCUUGCCUAGUUCAAAACCUGUUCUGAUAGACGUAAAGAAUCCCCAAGGUAUCAUAGUACAGCGAUGGAACUCCACGUGGUCCCGGCGUUUCGUUGCCCAUACGUUUGAGUUACCGGACAUUCCAUUCAUUGGAAACAAUUGGACCGUGGAAGCAUCAUAUGCCGAUAAUACCGCGGUAAAGACGAAGACUGUUUUUGAAGUAAAAGAAUAUGUGCUGCCACGCUUCUCGGUUGAAAUUGACGUUGGAAGUACAGAAAUCAUUUUACCAACAACUGAUAAAUUCGUUAUAACCGUAAAAUCAAAAUAUGUCUAUGGUAAGAUGGUCCGGGGGCAGGCGUUUGUUUCCCUCGGGGUACAAGUGGAUGGACGUUAUGAGCUAUGCCAGUUCAGACUAAACGAAAUGUUAUCAUCUGGACAAGCUGUUUUUAACGUUAGCAUGGAUGACGUUUCCCAAAGUUUGCACCAGUACUGGUUUCCUGAUGGGGCUAGGUUACAUAUCGAAGCGGAAGUGAUGGACCAAGCGUCGGGGCAUAAAGAGAAAGCUUUUGAUUGGUCGAUUGCUUUUGCACUGCGACCAAUUAGAAUCGCUGUUGAUGAGACAAGAUUUUACUUUAAGCCCGGUCUAAAUCAUGAACUGCAUAUACAAACAAUCUGGGUCAACCGUCAUGAGGCCAAACGUAUUCCAUUUUCAUUGGCCAUUACAACAACUUCAAGAUAUGGUAUAUCCGAGGAGAGUCCCUUGCAUCGACUACAGACAGACGAUACCGGCCGAUUUACUUACAAUCUCAGCACGAGGGCGCUAGACGAUAGAAUACAGUUCAGAAUACAAACAACAGAUUUACGGUUUCUGCCUACCCAACAAGCGAGUUUAACCGUAGACAUUUCGGCCAUGAGAACCACGUCCCGAGCGUUCAUUGGUAUACAAGCUACAAAGAAUGGGGACAAUAUUCAAGUGAACCUCUUCACGAGUGAAACUUACUCCAGUAACAUCACUUGCAUGGUGUUGGCGCAGGGCAAGAUACUGUCGUCUGCUUCAGUCACAGUACACGGUGGCAGACACGCUGUCAUCAUUCCGAUUCAAUCUGCCAUGGCUCCAAAGUGCAGAUUACUUGCAUAUUUUAUUAAGCAAACGUCAACUGGGGAAGAAAUUGUCUCAGAUUCUGUGGAAUUGAACGUUGAAGCCAUGUGUAAAACUAAAGAUCUGACCACGAAUGUGGACGAUGACACAGUCCUUCCUGGGGGGUCCUCUAUUCUUAGAGUGUCAGGCGCUCCGGGGUCCACUGUGGGGUUUGUGGCCGUGGACAAAGCUGUGUAUCUAUUAAACAACAAGGGGCUCCUGACCAAAAACUUGCUUUUUGAAGAGUACUUCAAACAUCAUACAGGCUGUGGAAAUGGGGGAGGUCGCAGCUCUAAUCAAAUAUUUCAGGAUUCUGGGUUAACUGUUAUUUCUAACACCAACAUCCGGGUAUCACGGCGAGAUGACACGGGGUGUAACCGAAUAUCUAGAAAAAGGCGUUCUUCCGAUGAGUUGACAAGAAUAAUCGACAACCAUCCCUGCUGUGUAGCGGGUGAUCUGUUCGGACGAAACGUUACAGAAGAAGGAGAGUGUUUUGAAGAAGGAAAGAGCGUCUUCAAUUUGACCGGAAGUACAGGGUGCUCCAAAGUUUUUUACAAAUGCUGUAAACGCUAUCUUCCAUACGGACCUCAAUACUCAGGAAGGACUGGAAAUGAGGGGGCAAGAGAAUAUACGUUCCGAGACAUUGAUACUUCACCACAACUACAAAUGAGGUCCUAUUUCCCAGAAUCUUGGCUAUUUGAGGAGGCCAUUUUGGACUCGAAUGGUAACCACUCGGAGUUCCUGCAUGUGCCCCAUUCUAUCACAACUCACGUGAUACAGGCAGUGUCCUUGUCGUCUGCUGAUGGUCUCUGUAUAGCAGACAGCGCAGAAAUUCUGGUGUACCAAGAUUUCUUUGUAGAUGUGGAUCUUCCAUACAGCAUUGUCAGAAUGGAACAAACGGAGAUUCGCGCCACCAUAUACAACUAUCGAAACACCACACUACCGUGUCGCAUCUACAUGAAUACAAUGGAAGCGAUCUGUUCAUCUAAAACCAGUACAAUAUCCGUCAGAGUAAAUCCAAAUGACGCAGAAACAGUGAGAUUCCCCAUAGUUCCUUUGCGCGCCGGGAAACAUCCAAUAGAAAUCGUCGUUAGAUCCGUCGGCGUAGGUGAUUGGGUCCGCAAAAUGGUCAAUGUGAUCAACGAGGGUAAAGAAGAAAGGAAGACUGUUUCAUUUUGGGUUGAUCCCCAUAUGCAGAAAGGGAGGCAGAAUUCGAGGGGUGAUCUGCGGGUCAAUAUAUCGCAUCCACAAACGACCCUCGGACUUCAGGAGACUGACGUUGAUCUUGUCCUUCCCGAAGAAACCAUUCCCGGAACUGAGCAAUGCCAGGCGGCCGCUACGGGUAACAUUAUGGAUUCGGUUGUACUGACCGUCAUUGACGACGUGGAUCAAAUGUUAAAUCGAAUUCCACACGGAUGUGGAGAGCAGACGAUGAUCAUUUUGGCGCCAAUUGUGUACGCUCUGAAAUAUCUACACGGAACGAACCAAAUUCAAGAUGUCCACAAACAGCGUGGCCAGCGCCUGUUAAGUAGAGGCAUUCAGAAGUUACUCCGUUUUAGAAAAACUGACGGAUCAUUUGGAAUAUGGCCCCAUAAACCAUCAAGUACGUGGUUGACCGCAUUCGUGCUCAGGGUGCUUUGUGAAGCUCAGAAAUACCACCACGUAGAUGAGCAGAUUAUGUGCUCCGGGGUCCGGUAUAUCCUGUCCAAGCAGCGACCGGACGGUGCGUUCGAUGAUGAGUCUCCUAUUUAUCACAAGGAGAUGCUGGGAGGCAAUGUGGGUGAUAUCUCAAGGACUGCCUACAUUUUAAUUUCCAUCAAGGAAUGUGCUUGUAAACCAGUGGAAGCUGUCUUGGACAUACAGAGAGCCGUGAGUUACCUGGAGACGAAUCUAUUUUACGCCAGGAGACCUUACUCCCUCGCCAUAACUACAUAUGCCCUCGCCCUGUCAAACAGUAACAGAGUGCGCACGGCCAACCAACUAUUGAAACUGCAGGCAAAGAACAAAUUAUUUGCUUCCACUGGAUUUAAUGGUUAUAGGUACUGGGAGGAGGAAAUUGAGAGUGUUGGUGAAACGUCUCCAUGGUACCGCAGAAACUCUCCCGCCAUCAAUGUGGAAGUGACGUCAUAUGCUCUUCUUGCCCAAUUACAGUUAAAUGACUUAGACUACAGUAAAAACAUUGUAGAGUGGUUGCUUGACAAACGGCAAUCGUCCAAGGAAUUCGUCUCUACCCAGGACACCGUGGUGGCUCUCCAUGCUCUCUCCGUGUACAAUAUCCGGACCUUUGCCCGCGACAUCAACCUCAACAUCUCCCUCUCUAGCUCCACCAACGCACAGUUCCAACGGCAACUCGUGUUGACACAGGGGGACGCGGCGGUCCAGAAGUCCGUCGACAAUGUUCCGGUUAAUGGCAAAUUGGGCGUGGUCUCCCGUGGGAGUGGAGUCGCCAGGAUGGACGUUGAUGUUCGGUAUAACGUUAACGUGACGGAAAACGACUUGUGUAAAUUCAUCGUGGAGGUGUUCGACAAACCAGUCAAGUUAGACCGACUGCGGGAACAGGGCUUCACUCCUGAGGACCUUCAUUGUGAUGUCUGUGGAUAUUGUACGCCGAUUGAUCCCGAUUCGUUCCCGGAAGUUUCCGACAAAUAUAGCGUUCCGGACUUGGCUCCUAGAAUUCGGGGAUUGUCCAACCACCGCUCCCGGAGAUAUACCGUCGGACAACAGACAAGCAAACGAAUGGUCUGUCUGGAAAUCUGCGUCAGUUACUUAGGAUUUCGACAGCUAGACAUGCCCGUGGUUGAUGUCGGGCUACCGACAGGGUUUCGGGUCGUCCAGGGCGAUCUGGAUAAGUUAAAAUCAAGCGGAAUUGCAGACAAUUACGAGGUGUCCAAGAGAUCCGUCACGCUCUAUCUAGAUAAUAUACCCAGUAUGGAUGACCUUUGUCUUCAGUUCCGUGUGGUCAAAGAAUUCGAUGUCGAGAACUUACAGUCCGCUAAAAUAGAAGUUUAUGACUACUAUCAAGAAGAUGAAAGAUGUGUAAAGUUUUACAGUCUUAUAUACGAAGUGGCGGAACUAGAUAUCUUUUGCAGUAAGGGUAACUGCACUUGUAUUGAAGAUUCGUGUGCAGAAUCAUGGGAUGCUAAACUACGGUACAACCAAAUCUCCAGGACACAGCUCUACCAACGGACGUGUAAUCUGUAUGAUUACGUGGUCCGGGUAGAAGUGACCAAUGUUGUAGCGUCCGGAAAUCACCUGGUGUUCUCAGCCACUGUCAGAUCGGUCAUCAAACCAGGAAAGGGCAAUAUCCAGGUGAAUGAUGAAAUCGAAUUUUGGGUUAAUAUCCGAUGUGAAACAGAUUUCGAAGUAGAUCAUUAUUUUUUCGUAUAUGGCAAGAAAAGCAUUGUUUACACCGAUCAGAGGGGCCAUCUAAGAUAUCGGUACUAUUUACAAGGAGAAACUGCUAUUUUUAAGGAUUACACAAGAACUGAAUAUGGCAGCAGUUCAGUUCUGCGCUACUGGGGUCGAUAUUUGUGGCGUCUGGAGCGCUACAUCAGGACUAGAGGUUGUUAGUAACACAGUAGUGGCGCUAAAAGCAGAAUGUAUGUCCACUGUUGAACUUGAUAAAAUAAGAUUUUCUUUCAUAAAAUUGUGUUUUCUGUAUGAAAUAAAUAAUACAUUG